AUGGCAGACGUCGAACUGAGACCGCUGCCGGAGCAGGCUCAAGAAGAUGCCCUCCAUGCGGCCAGACUUCUGUCAGUAGAAGAACGACCAUUCCAGCGCGUGACAAAAACCCUGCUCGCGUCCAACUCGCUCCUCCGCCCGUCGCUCACCUACCUACCCUCACCUCCUCCCGAAGGCGAAGAUGACUACGACUCCUCCCGCGUCGAGCGCUUCCGCGAAGAUGUGCUACUCGACUUUGCCAAUCUCGAAAGCAGCAUCACUCGCAUCCAGCUGAUCCUCUCCUCUAACCAACGCGAGCGAGAACGCUAUGCGGCUGAGAAAGCCAAGAUUCUGGAGACCGCGCAGGCGGUGCGGGACAACACCGUUGAGCUCCGUGCUCACCUCGUCGAAGCGCAGGCAGUGCUGGAGCGAAGGAAAGGCUACGAUCUGAUGGCGACCAAAAUUCUCGACGACACGAAAUUGAAGAGCCGCGAUGACGCUCGGGCGGAUAUCGAGAAAUUGGAGAAGGAAAUCGCGAAUCUGCAGGACGAAAGCGCGGAGUAUGAAGUCACAUGGGUCUCUAGGAGGGAACAAUUCGACAACAUCGUGCGCGAAGGAGAGGCGAUGGUGCGCGCGAUCAAAGGCAUCAAGGACGACCCGGAGCCGGAGAAGGACGAGAAUAUGGAAGACGCGGAGGACGAUGGAGAGGAUGGUGUCAAGGCGAAUACGAGCAGGAUGAAUUCGCCCGGUGCUGAUGGCAGGUCGCCUCGUCCGGCUGACACGGGAAAUGCUACGCCAAUGGUCGAAAGCGGAGAGGGUGGCGGUGCAACGCCCGCUCGACCUACAAAUCGAUUGCUGGAUGUGGACGAGGCGACGAGAUCGAGCAGUCGAACCGGUUCACCGCUUGCGCAGCCGGUGCAGAUGCCGGAUGAUGUGGAUAUGACCGAAGGCGGGACCGCGGAAUCGCGGCCAUCGACUGCGCAUGGUCUAGAGGCUUCAGCUGAUCAAGCUGGUACUCCUAUGGCCGACGUGGCUGAGAGCAUGGACGAAUCUUAA